GUUGGGGUUCGGGUAUGCACGCCGCGCUGAAGAACUCAGACUGGCUCAGUGAACUCCAUGGUGAAGCAUCUAAUUGGCGAAUCUCCAUACAGACGAAUCUUUAACGCAAUGAUCCCGUCAUUCAGUUGGAGGCGCGCAGUACCUCGAACCGCUGUGGAUAGAUUUUCAGUGCUCGUCUCUACAUGCGAAAUCUUGGUGGAGGGCCUUGAACUGUCCAUCGUGCUACCGCGUGUAUACGCGGAAAGCGCUCUUUCCUACUGGUUUUGUGCGAUUCUGGGGCUGUUCUUGUUCGUCAACCUUUUUGGCAAUUUUAUCAUGGCCAUGGGUGUGGAGAACUCUUCCCGGAGCGUGGUUUUGCCGGCCGUUCUGAAGCCUGGUUGGAGCUACUGCCACAGCUGUCAAACCAACUCCCCUCCCCGCGCCUUCCACUGCAGCGAAUGUGGGAAAUGCGUCCUGAAGCGCGAUCACCACUGCAUCUUCAUGGGCUGUUGCAUAGGCCACGCCAAUCAGCGUUAUUACCUUAUGUGCAUCAUGUACAUCGGCCUCCUGACAGUCUACGCAAGUUACAUCAGCGCGGACUUGGCCGUGCAGUGCAUCGGCGAGAACUUGAACCUGACGACUUUGAUCGCAUCCUUCACGCCAGUGCUUGCCUGGAUGUACGGCCUCGUCCAGCCCUUGUCCUUCUUCAUCGCUUUCCAGAGCGGCACGUGCCUCUAUUGCUUCUUCAUUUUUACCGCGCUCUUUCUGUACCACGCGCUGAUCGUGUUGCGGGGUCAGACAACGCACGAGUUUCGGCGCCUCGGCGACCGUUCGUACGACCAGGGCUGGUUGCGGAACAUCCGUGGGGUACUGGGCACUCGCUGGUAUUUCGUCUGGGUCUUCCCCCUGGUCACUUCGCCCCUUCCUGGCGAUGGUGUUCAUUUUGUGGAAUCCGGGUCUCCCAGUCUGGAGGAAGUCAAAGACUUGUGAUACACGCCUAAAAUGCCAUGCGUCGGCGAAUAUUACCUGAGACAGUGAAGGGAGGGUUUCAGAAUAAGUUUUGCAUUUUGAAAACUCUAAGUAGAACAGUACAGUAUUGAACGUCGAAUUGGAAUGGACAGCUUCAUUCCAGUUUGAAUAUUUUCAAAAGGGUUAAAAUGAUUGAUAUGUGACGGUGAUUGACCGAGUUUCUAUGAAUUGUUGAGCCACGAAAAGUUUAUUUGCUUCCUUUUUUACCGGAGGGCUGCUGCUAUAUUGUCAUUUUUUUCAAAUAGAAGUUUGAAUCAUUGGGUGCAUGUGGAGUAUUGGUACAAUUCGGGUACAUUCGGUUACAAAAUACCAAUCGUCACCAGUUUCAUGGAAGGGACAGACCUGCGGAUUUCGAAGUUAUAUAAAAACAUUUUCCAUAUUAUCACCAGAGAAGUUUCUCAUAACAGUAAAAACUACUACUUUGCCAGAACUUAAUGUAGUAAGGAAACAUUCACGUGAUUCUACGACAGUUCAAAUUUUCCGUAAACCCAGUAAUUAGAAUGAACACAGUGGUUCCUUAGCCAACAUAAAUUAGUAAAAACGCUCUUUCCUUCGUGAAAACGAAGAUAUACGCUUUUUACAAAGGGAGGAGGCACGCACGUUUUAAUACGCGCGCAGCGGUGAGAAUGCAGCAGAGGUACCUAUACGCAACGCUUGGCGCAAGUGUUGACGCGCAUAUAGCAAGGCGGCUAAAUACCGUUCAGGGCCGUCUAUAAAGGACGUACGCACGGGGGGGAGGGUGCCGUUGCGUACGCAGUGCGCACAGGGAGGUUGGUCUGAAAAGUCAGAAUUUCGUGCGUACGUACAUGUACGUUAUGGACAGCCCCUUAUCAAAAUGCCUGUCCCUGACAUGUAAUUUAGAAAUUGGUAAUGUUUUGCCGAUGGAAGCAUGACGGAAUGGUUAAGCACGAUGUUUCAAAGGAAACGUGUAUUAGAGGGAGACCCAAGUUCGCGUUUUGACAAUAGGCGGCGCUCUUUACGGCCGCACAAGUAUUCCUAUCAAGUUGGCAUGCACUCAAGUUGAGGGCACUUCAGAAAACCAGGGCGCGCGAGUUUAAAUUUAAAAAGGGAACUUUUUUAAGAGGGGAGAACACUUGUUACAAAAUAUUUGGGAUUACCGAAUGCUACGGUUCACAGUAGCGCUGACAGUUUUUAAAAGUGUCGGGAAGUAAGGAUGAAGACGGAAUACACUAAAAACAUUCCAGCAAAACGUGUCUAUAAGUUACAUUGCCAUCUUCCAAGUUUUCCAGUAACUGUACUAUUGUUUACAGUUUCAUUUGAAAUUUGAAAAAAAAAGAAAGAAGGAAAUUGCGAAAAUGAUGAAUACAUUUUUCUUCUCAAACAAUUUUAAAUUGGUAAAACUGCAUGUACACCGUCAUGGCGUUAUUCUCCGAUAAAUUACAAGAAAUAUUUUAUGUAUAGACCAAAAUGUUAACGUGAAAAUAAAUUUACUUAUUAAUCAUGCUGAAAUGAGUGAACUGAAACUUUAAAUGAAACAGAACUACAAGUAAGCAGUUAAACUGUGCCGAAACACUGAAAGCAUUUAUAAAAAUUGUUACUUUGGAAUGUAAGCACAUUGGAAUUUGUAUUUACAUGUAUAUGCAGCUUAGUCAGAUUUAUAUUUUUCCGUUGAUAUUUGUUAGCUCAUCGUACAUUAUAAUUUUCUACGCAUUUUUACCGUUUAAAUCUUUUGGUGACAGCAUGGUUGCGUUGUCUAAAACAAAACUUCACAUGUGACUCGAGCAGAGACUAAAGUUACCCCGGCAAUUAAUUCAUUUUCAGCAACACACUUUGAAAUUCAUGUCGACGCUCAUAAUCAUGUGAAAUUCAGUAAACUGAAUUAGCUGCUUUUCGAUUUGUUCCAUCAUCUUAUUAAGUGUCGUUUUUGCGCACCCAUGAGUCCACAAGAAGUCCAGCUCGAGGCCCAUUGCACAUGUCCUGCUGUUUGGCAAGAGUGACCAUGCAAGAGUCUUUUGGCAUGACUUUCGAGAGAAUGUGUAAAUAUAUAGAUAAGGUUUCAGAUGUUUCUUUUUAUACAGUGGAGUUAACAUUCAUGGGUGUUGGACUAUUUUCCAUAUACAUUACAUGUACAUGUUUUAUUCACCUUAACUGUUGGGACCCACACAAGUGCAUUAUUGAGAGCCCCUAGUUUUUCGGAGUGGACAACACCCGCAUGUAACUCUUGAAAGGCCCAAUAAAUGAAUUGAAACUUUUCUAUUUCUUCCAUCAUCUGA